AUGUCUACGAGUCUGGUUGAAGAUAAGGAUGUUCUCGUAGGAACCCCCCAGCCGACCCAGAAUCCCGGACCUCUUCCUGGUAUGGACGCCAAGGCGGAGAAGCAGGCCCUUGAGUCCAAGGCUACGGUCCUGGAGCCUCACUCCAGCGAAGCAAGCAUCCAUGAUGGAGCCGUCUUCGAAGCGGAUGUGGAGAGAGAGAAGCACGAGGUCUUCAAAAAGAUCGAGGGCGGUGUCGACUUUCGCACAGUCACCUGGCAACGGGCCACCCUCAUUUUCCUAAAGAUCCAAAUCUCCACUGGUAUCCUCGGUAUUCCCACAGCCUUAUACUCUCUUGGUGCUGUUGGCGGCGGGUUUUCGAUUGUUGGUUGGCAGCUCGCGAACUCAUGGACGGCCAUACUCAUGGGUGAGUUCCGAAACCGACACCCGGAAUGCCACACGAUCGUGGACAUGUGUGGCAAACUCUGGGGGCCGAUUGGAAAGGAACUCGUUGGCAUCAUGUUCAUCAUCGCCUACAUCUUCUGCACCGGGAGCGGCAUUCUGGGUACCUCGAUCGCAUUCAACGCCCUUUCCGAGCACGGCGCGUGUUCCGUAUUGUUCGGUUUCGUUGCUACACUCAUGGUUAUAAUUGUCUCAUGUAUCCGGACGUGGGGCAGGAUGACAUGGCCGCUCACUGCUGGCUUCGUCUCCGUCAUGUCGGGUGUCUUGGUAGUGGUCAUAGGUGUAACACUGCGGGACCGUCCGGCAGCAGCACCGCAGACUGGGCCUUACGAACUCGGCUGGUCCGCCAUCGCCUACCCAACGUUCGCCGCCGGCAUGACUGCCAGUGCUACUAUAUUCAUUUCUAGUGCCGGGGGUCCCGGCUUUCUACCUGUCAUCGCCGAGAUGAAGAACCCGAAGGACUACAAGCGGGCUGUAGUCAUUUGCGGCUUUGUCGUGGGCGCAGUCUAUCUAUCAUUCUCGGAAGUGAUUUAUCGGUGGUGCGGCGCUUGGGUCGCAUCCCCUUCUCUCGGUAGUGCCGGUCCCCUGCUGAAGAAGGUUGCCUUUGGGCUGGCCCUCCCGAGUCUGAUCAUCAGCGCGGCUCUCUUUAAUCACACCGGUGCCAAGUACGUCUUCGUACGUAUUUUGCGUGACUCACCACAUCUACAGGCCAACACCGUUAUCCAUUGGGGUACCUGGAUCAGUAUUAACAUAGGCCUGGGCGUUCUAUCGUGGGUUUUAGCAGAAGCUAUACCUAUAUUCAACUACCUCAUUGCUCUCGCAGGCUCUAUAUGCUUUGCACCAAUGAGCUUGAUCUUCCCACCCUUGUUCUGGAUGUAUGACUUUGGCCACUACAGAUCUGGAACGCCGAAGCAGGUCGCUUUCUAUGCACUUCACGUUCUAAUUGCACUGGUCGGAGGGCUCCUUCUCAUCGGCGGAACUUACGGUACUGCCUUGGCAAUCAAAGAUGCUUACGCGACUGGGGCCAUCGGCUCUGCUUUCAGUUGCGCUGACAACUCAAAUACAGUGGGAUAG